UUCGCAUGCGAAGUCCAGUGAGUGAUCGGAGCAAUUAUUCUCUUAAUAUGGAGGUUGAUGAUUCCUCGGUAUCUUCUGAUGACGACGUUGUUCCAGUCAGUGAGUCAUCUGAUGAUGAGAGAAGUGAAAAUAAUGGAGAGCAAGCAGACAAUAAUGCUGAAGUGAACAAUUUUGAAGAAAUAAUAAUAAAUGACGAUGAUGAAGAUGCUGAAGAGCAACAGAACAUUAUUUAUGAUGAUGUAGGUGUCAACCAGCCAGAGAACAUUGUUCAAGAUUAUGUGGAUGUAAAUCAGCAACAGAAUUAUGUUGAUAAUAACCAAGGCAUAAACCAGGAGGAGAACUUCGUUAAUCAUGAUAUAAACGAAGACCAAAUGCAUGCAAACUGGAAUGAGCAAGAUCAGUACAUGGAAGAAGACAUCGGAGAAAUACCACUUCAUGACGAGGAAAUGUUUGAAGAGUCAGAUGAGGACUCAGAUUAUGAGAUCGUCUACAUUGCCGAAGUAGAACGGAGACAGAUAUCGCUAACUACAGUGACCAUAAGGCGAGUAAGAAGACGACGACGUUAAAUUAUAUGUGACAAUAUCUGCAGUGUUGCAGUAUUGAUGAUAUAUUAUGAAG